UCUUUGUUGUAUAACAAAAAUAUUCAAUUCAUAUAGACAAACCAGGCCUUGAGCUUACUAAACCCUGUAGAUUUGCCUUGAGGUAGCUUAUUUUAUCAGCAGCUUCUAUAGAGUACAAUACUAGAAUAUUUUUGAUUUAUUUAUUUAUUUAUCAAGUUCUUCCGAAGCCCUCGGCUCAUUUGUGAAUUAACGCAUUUUAGUCGCUCAUCUCACGCCGAUUUUUUUUGGGGUAAAACCCACCUUAGUAGCCCCUCUUGCAGAGAUUUAUUUAACCAUUAACACACACACACACGCGCACACGCACACGUGCAUAUCAAUAAUAAAAAAGUGUUUGCGUAAAGAAAACGUUCAAUGGGCAUUAGGAUUUUUGUCGCUUGAUAAGAUGCGAGUUUACAAAAUGCCUAGGAAAAAAGUGAGAGAGCUCAUUUCUAACUGAAAGCAACAUGAAUCAAGUCGUUAUAGUUAAUUGGCCAUUGAAGAUAUUUAUGGUCAUACUUUGUUUGACCAUAUCAGAGUGUUUUUGCGCGGUUCAAGGACAAUAUGGACAAAUUGCGGGCGCGUGGAAUAUCAGUUACGAAGGUGGCGAAACUGAAAAACUCUUAACGGUUUCCGAUCAAAUGCAAUAUGUGAAUAUAACAAUUUUCAAUGUGGAUUUAAGUGCCGGCACUGACUUUCACUUCGAAGUACAUGUCGGUGAUCCGAAAAGAGCAUUAGUGGAAAGACGUAUCGAACGAGCCGAUUUACAAGGUACGCCAGCCUCGUGGCAAGGUGAAGUCUCAGUGCAGACACGAAAAUUCGGUUUUACAAAUCUCUAUGUGACAUUGCAUGCAAGUGAUGGCGUCACAGUGGAACGUUCAGCUACCGAUUUGACGCUUACCAUUGCGCGCAGAGAACGUUUGGAUGAGAAAAUUUUCAAUUACACAGCAUCGGGGCUGUUGUUGUUGAUGUUUCUCAAUUUGGGUGGCGUGUUGGAUUUACAACGUUUGAAGGUGAUCUUUUUGCGACCGAUAGCUGUGACAAUUGGCUUUUGUACAAGUUACAUACUCAUGCCCUCACUUGCUUUGGCACUCGGCUAUAUAUUUCUACCGCAACUUAAAGAACUACAAUUGGCGCUCUUCUUCACAGCACUCUCGCCCAGUGGCGGUUUGGCGAAUAUUUGCGCGAUUUUCCUUAAGGGCAAUGUGAAUCUCUCCAUUGCAACGACAACGAUCAACAGUCUUAUGGCGUUGGCCAUAUUCCCGCUGUGGAUAUUGAUAUUGACGCAAACACUCUUCGUUAACACCGAAUUGGAUGUGCCAUUUUUGGAUCUGGCAAUCAGCGCUACAGCAUUAGUCUGCGCGAUUGCGUUGGGCAUGUUGUUGCGUUUAUUUCUGCCAAAAACCACAGCAUUGAUCUUCCGCUUCCUCAAACCGUUCUGCGCGUGUCUCAGUUUAUCUCUAAUCGGCAUGACAGUGGGCAUAAAUGCAUUCGCCUUCAAAGAGCUAACCAUAUGGAUCUUCCUAGCGGCACUCUUUCUGCCUAUAUUAGGUUAUUCGCUCUCAUUUGGCAUAUCGAAAUUAUUGCGUUGCUCUGCAACUGAUGCAUUGACGAUCUCCAUCGAGACGAGUGUUUUGAAUAUGACAGUGCCAAUAAUGUUGUUGCAGCAUUGCUUCGACGAAGUACGAGCUGAUAUGACGUUGAUCGUGCCCAUCACGGCUGCGUUGAUAUCAUUGGUUAUGAUGAUUGUUAUCUACGCCGUGCGACGCGUUUUCGGUUGGAAUAAAAAUGAAGAUGGCGUGGCGUUUGAGUCUAAGGUGGAGCUUAUAGAUAUCGAGACGGCAAAACAGAGUGAAGCGUCAGUGGCGGCAACGACAACUCAAGUUGAGAAGUUUGAAUCUUAUAAAGAAGUGUUUUAAUUCUCUUCCAUUAGUUCGUUAGGUUUUAUGUAGACAUUUAGGUUUCGAAGAAAAAAUUGAUCGACAAUCGAAAAUCGAAAAUCGACAAUCGACUCACCCUAGUGUAAGACAAUAUCAUUAAGCUUAAGCUAAGUAACUAUUUCGAGAUUUCCUAUAUUAUUUUUAGAAAAUACGACUAUUUAUUUAAACGUUAUAUAUUUUGUUAGCUUACGAAUGAUACCGCGUUGAAUAUUACAAAAAAAAAUUAAGUAUCGAUAAUCGAUCUUUAUAUGCCAAAAAGACUUAUUGUAUAACGAGUUUAUUCUUACGAUUCGAUAUAAUAAAAAAGAAGUAGUAUAAAAGUACGAGAAAAAAGCUCUA